UCUGUGGGGAAGACUCAGUAGGAGCAAAAACAAGUCACAGACAGACAGAGAGACAGACAGAGAGAAACCAAACAUUGUGGCAAAAAGAAAAGGACAUAUAGUUAUUGUGAUACAGAAACAGAGAGAAGGGAGAGAGAGAUUGAGAAAGAGAGAGAGAGAGAGAGAGAGAGAGAGAGAGAGAGAAAGAGAAAUAACAGCAGACAGAGGACACAGGGAGUAACCAGAACGUGAAGCUAGUACAAACAGAUAGAGGAAAGGUGUGUGUGUCAUGUCUGAGUCCAGCAUGCUGCUGCUGGCUGGCCUGGUGAUGCUCCUGCUGCUGCUGGCCUGGAGGAGGAGGGGGGCACGGGGACUUCCACUGCCCCCAGGACCCACUGGACUGCCCCUGCUGGGAAACUUACCCCAAGUGGACAAGAGAGCACCCUUCAAGACCUUCAUGAAGUGGAGUAAGCAGUAUGGGCCGGUCAUGACUGUGAACCUUGGGCCUGUGCGGAUAGUGACCCUCAGUGGGUACCAGGCAGUGAAGGAGGCCCUAGUGGACCAGGCUGAUGACUUCACAGGAAGGGCACCAAUUCCGCUCUUCAAUCGGAUCGUCAAUGGAUACGGUCUGGCCAUCAGUAAUGGUGAACGCUGGCGUCAGCUGAGACGCUUCACACUGAGCACGCUCAGAGACUUUGGGAUGGGCCGCAAGAAGAUGGAUCAGUGGAUUCAGGAGGAGAGCCGACACCUGCUGGAGAGCCUGAGACAAACCAAGUCGGUCCCUUUUGACCCCACGUUCUUCCUGAGCCGUGCCGUGUCUAACGUGAUUUGUGCUCUGGUGUUUGGACAACGCUUCAGCUACGACGACACUAACUUUCUGCGUCUGCUGGAGAUUAUCUCAGAUUCGGUUCGCUUCGGAAGCACACCAUGGGGACAGCUGUACAACAUCUUCCCCCGUCUGAUGACUUACACACCCGGCCCCCACCAAAAAUUCUUCCAACGCGUUGAGAAACUUAGGGAGUUUGUAAUAGGGAAGAUCCACCAGCACAAGGAGACUCUGGACCCAGACAACCCUCGAGACUACAUCGACUGUUUCCUCAUCAGACUCGAGCAGGAGAAAGACCUUCCCACCACAGAGUUCGUCUAUGAUAAUCUAGUCUCCACUGUCCUGAACCUUUUCUUUGGUGGCACAGAGACCACCAGCACAACCAUGAGAUAUGCUAUCAUGCUUCUUAUCAAACAUCCAGAGAUACAGGAGCACAUGCAUAAUGAGAUUAAUACAGUGAUUGGCGCACAUCGCAUUCCACAAAUGGAAGACAGGAAGUCCCUCCCCUACACUGAUGCUGUCAUUCAUGAGGCCCAGCGCUACCUGGACAUCGUGCCCCUCAAUCUCCCCCACUAUGCCACUAAGGACAUCUCUUUCAGAGGCUAUGCCAUCCCCAAGGACACCGUGAUCAUUCCCAUGCUGCACUCUGUGCUCCGGGACGAGGACCAAUGGGAGAGCGCCUGGACCUUCAACCCUGACCACUUCCUGGACAAAAAUGGCAACUUCAAGAAGAACCCAGCCUUUUUCGCCUUCUCGGCAGGUAAGCGGGCGUGUGUGGGUGAGUCGUUGGCGAGGAUGGAGCUUCUGCUCUUCAUGGUGUCCAUACUGCAGCAGUUCCACCUCAGCACCCCUGGAGGACCAUCCAGCAUUGACAUAAAACCAGAGUUCAGCAGCUUUGGGAACUUACCGCGCCGAUACGAGCUCAUCGCCACCCCCCGUUGAUUAGCCAUGGUACUACAGGACAGUAUCCCUAGAAUCUCAGCUCAUGAGGCUUUUUUCUGAACUGGAACAUGUGAACUGAUUGUAAAUCCAGACUACUGCUAUUACCAUUACUAUCAUAAGGAUCACUCAGCUGAAUUGCCACUCUUUUGCAGUGUUUCUAUCAGUCUAAAUUGUUGCUUAGUGUAUUAAAGAUAGUUUGCAUUCAAUCGGCACUAUAUGAUCUACAUUCAACACAGCUAUUACUUUUGUUACACAUGUCUCCUCAUCUGACUUUUGGUGUGAAUGUGUGGUAGACCUAUAAUUUUUCUUUGAACAAAAGAGGUUUUUUUUUAGAUAAUGAUCUGGUUAUUUGCUGUUGAUGUUGAUAGUCAGCAUUUUCAUAUUGUGAUAUGUGACUGGAUAUUAGGCUAAGAUUUGAACUAUGUUUUUUUUGUUUUAAACCAAGACAAUGUUUUUACCGAGUUUCAUAGCCAAUGUAAAGUUUUAAAUGAGACAAGAAAAAACGCUGGUGAAUGCUUAUCUAUUAAAUUACUAAUAAGUCAUCUGAUGAGCUGGUCAUAUAGUAGGCCUACUUUGCUAACCCAUAUAUGAUUACCAUGAGUAGUCACAAUGUAAGAGAAACCCUGCCCAACUUGGAUAGCAUUACGAAGCUAUAACACAGAUGAUUAUUAUCCAGAGACAUCUUUAGGGCCUUUUGUUAUCCUAUGGAUUUGCACAUAUGCUGAAGAUAGAUAUGCAUCAAACAUUUACACAGUGACGAUUCUAGACAUUUUUGACAAGGGUGGCACUAGUGAGGCACUGAUUAAUUCUAGAGUGGUAUGAGGCAAAACAUCCAGAUAAACAGAAACAGGCUCAAGAUGUGAAAUUAGCACAAAUACAUUAGGGAAAUCAUGCACCAAACACCAUACUCAUAAAUUGAAGGACAAAAAAAACACCAAUACCAUACUCACAUAAAAUUUCUUUGUAUUUGAAUAAAAAAUUAUAAAAAUAUAAAAUUAUCUAAGUUUUCUACCACUGGGUUGUGCUGUGCUAAAACAAAU